CGGUGAUUUCAUCAACUUCCCACGAUUUCUACUUCGUUCCGAACUACCAUACACGUAUACUCCUCCGCUUCGCUAUUCUACAUUCCCUUCAUCCUUGAAUCUUGGCGGACCUGAUAUACGACUACCUCUGAGGCAAUCCAAUGACCUGCCGAGCACCUAGCAACUUGUUAGACGACACCCUUGAAUCUGAUUCUUUGAAACGGAAACGUUCCGACCUUGAAUUUCAAUCGACCGAUAGUAGUUCAAAGCGACUGGCUCUUCGCAUCACUAUCCCGGCAGAACGGGCAGAACAAGACGAAGCAUCACCCAGCUCAUUGUUUUCAGCUGGGACUAGCUCUCCUUUGGCUUUUAUAGGAAGCCCUGAAGGACGCCGGGGGCUUGGGAAAAGGUUCACUCCUGCACAGUUGUUACCUCCUCCGAUCCCAGGUCUCUUUUUCGACCCAUCGAUACUGUUACCGGGAGAAGUUGCCGAUACCGUCUUCCGUUAUUGCUUGGCAACUUACUUCACCUCUCCCGAAGUGAAUCAAAUAAUGCUGUUUGGGCGUGCCCCAUCGUCAUCAACUCAACUUUCUCCGGGGAGCAAGGAACACGUUGAACUCCUCCGACCGCUGUUACCUCCGAAUGUUCAUUCCCUCCUCUUCCCAUCUAUUCCCAGGCGGGCGCGACAAGCGAUCAUCAACCUGUACAACCCCGGGGAGGGCAUUACCGCUCACGUUGAUCUCCUUCGUCGUUUUGGGGAUGGGAUUGUAGGCGUCAGCCUGUCGAGCGGAUGUGUUAUGCAAUUCGUCCGACAGCGUGGGAGCUCAGUCGACAAUGAGGCUGAAGGACGUUGUUCAGAUGAAAUGUUGCUGGAGCACGACCUGUAUAUUCCAGAACGCAGCAUCCUCGUCAUGACAGAAGAUGCUAGGUACAAGUGGACGCAUGGAAUACCACAUCGAUCUCAGGACUAUGUUGAAAGUGAAACAGGGGGGGUCUGGAUUAACAGAAAGGUAAGGCUUAGCAUUACUUUUCGAUGGCUCCUCCCUGGGGCUGAGAUCGUCGGAGACGAAGAGGGUAUGUAGACCGGUUAGGUACUUUUUUUCUGCAUUUGUGUGUACAUCUCAGAUCCGUUAAAUGGUCAAUGGUCAGGUCACUUGGAAUGUCAC